CCUGCAGCUGAUAGUGGGACCGGUGACAUUAUACUACAACCUCCCCUCUCCUCUCUGGAUUGUCACCAGAGGCCUGGUGCAGCACCAUGCUAGCCCGAAAGAGCAUCAUCCCCGAGGAAUAUGUCCUGGCCAGGAUCGCUGCAGAGAACCUGCGCAAACCACGACUCCGCGACAAGCAACGCAAGGCUCGCUUUGUGGCCAAGAAUGGGGCCUGCAACGUGGCACACAAGAACAUCCGGGAACAGGGCCGCUUCCUGCAGGACGUCUUCACCACCUUGGUGGACCUCAAGUGGCGCCACACGCUGGUCAUCUUCACCAUGUCCUUCCUCUGCAGUUGGCUGCUCUUUGCCAUGAUGUGGUGGCUGGUGGCGUUCGGACAUGGUGAUAUGGACAUCCAGGAGAACCAUCCGGACUGGGAGCCCUGUGUGGCAAAUGUCAGGUCAUUCACCGCGGCGUUCCUCUUCUCCAUCGAGGUCCAAGUGACGAUUGGAUUCGGCGGGAGGAUGAUGACCGAGCAAUGCCUGGUGGCAAUCACAGUCCUCAUCAUGCAGAACAUUGUGGGCCUCAUUGUGAACGCCGUCAUGCUCGGCUGCAUCUUCAUGAAGACAGCGCAAUCCCACCGUCGGGCAGAGACUCUGAUCUUCAGCCGCCACGCUGUCAUAGCCGUCAGGAACGGCCGGCUCUGCCUGAUGUUUCGAGUUGGAGAUCUGCGGAAAAGUAUGAUCAUAAGCGCCUCGGUGAGGAUUCUGGUGGUCCGCAAAACGGUCACGCCAGAGGGGGAGGUGAUCCCCAUCCACCAAAUCGACGCCCCGGUGGACAAUGCGAUCGAUAGUAACAAUAUAUUUCUGGUGUCCCCACUGAUUAUCUGCCACACCAUAGACAAGAGGAGCCCCCUCUAUGACAUCUCAGCAUCUGACCUGGCUAGCCAAGAUCUGGAAGUCAUUGUCUUAUUGGAGGGUGUUGUAGAGACGACUGGGAUCACCACGCAGGCCCGGACCUCCUACAUCCCCGAGGAAAUCCUGUGGGGCCACCGCUUCGUGCCUAUCGUCUCAGGAGAAGAAGGUGUCUAUUCCGUGGACUACUCCAAGUUUGGCAACACGGCAAAGGUGGCCACCCCUAGGUGUAGUGCCCGGGAACUGGACGAGAAGCCUUCCAUCCUCGUCCUGACGCUCCAGAAGAGCGAGCUGUCCCAUCAGAACUCACUGCGCAAACGCAAUUCCAUGAGAAGGAACAAUUCCAUGCGGAAGACCAACUCCAUGAUAAGGAACAACUCCGGACUCAUCAUGCCAAAAGUCCAGUUCAUGGCGCCGGAACAGAAUGCGGCCGAUACAUGACAGAGACAUAACGUCGGUUUAGUCUUCUUUACAAUUGUAGAGAUUUUCAACCAAUAUUUAUUGUCUUGUAUACAGCACCUUCCCGUUCAUCUAGAAUUUGCUAAUUUUUUUUACCCCUUGUGCACUUAGAAUAAAA